CCCGCGACCCCGCUCCGUUUUCAAUUCUGGUGAUUCAUUACCAAAUUGACAGCACUAAAUGGAUCACUUGAGACAAACAAGAGGUACAUUUACCCCUUAUGAUCCCAGAAAUGGCCACAGCAAGAUUGUCAAUCCAGAAAAGAAUGCUUACUCCAGUAGAAGUAGAAAAUCCUGCGAUACUUUCAAGUAUGUCUGUCGCCCUUUUGGAAAAUGUUGGGGACACUGGCAAGACAACUAUAACUGACUUUUGGAGGAAAAAAACAGGGUCAACAUCCAAAAAGCAAACCAAACGGAGAGAUACCAACACAGGCCAAGAUGGAGAUACAGAAUCCGGAAAUGAAGGGAAAACUGAAAAUAUCAUCCCAGAGACUGAGGUGAAGGUGCAAAACAAUAAGAAAAAGAGAAACCGAAGAAAGAGCAAAGAGAAAUCUGAUCAUACCUUGGAUGUCGCUGAAUAUUCAGAUGGAGACUAUUUUGGAGACAAGGUUGCUGUACAUCACGACUUGGAAUCAGACUGUGUGCAAAGUGGAAUUGCAGACAAGCGAUUUGGUGGAAAAGCUAGGAACAAUUCUGUAGCAGCCAAAAAUAUACAACAUUUUGACAGAAGACAGAAAUCUGAAUCAUUGGAGGGAGCAGAGAAAAUGAAUUCUAAACCAGGGAUCCCAAAGGCAGUGAGUAAUCCGAGCACAAAUUCAACUCCUAAUGACAAGAAGCGAAACAAGACCAGAUCUGGCCGAGGGAGGAAGAAGAUAUUUGACACGUACAUGCCAACCAGUGAUGUUUCAGCUGGUUUAAAGAAAGGAGAAUUUAUCCAGGGUCCACUGAGAAUAAAUCCAAAGAAGUACCAUGAUGCUUUUAUUCCUUCUCCUGAUGGAAAUCGAGAUAUUUUUAUUGACGGAUUUGUUGCUCGAAACAGAGCUUUGAAUGGUGAUGUGGUCGUGGUAAAGCUUCUGCCCAGUGAACAGUGGAAGGUUACCUUACCUGAAGGAGGUGAAUCUGAUGCCGCUGGAGUUUGUGAAUCUGAUGUAUCAGAUGGAGCUAAUAAUUCAGCAAUAAAGGACAAAGUUAAAGAGCAUCGGUUCAGUCCUGACGUCAUUAUUGAGGAACAGUAUGACGAUGGCCAAGAUGAGGAUAAUGAAGCUGGAGAUUUGCGGAAAAUAAAUAUGCUAAUUGGAAGUAUUUCAAUAAAGGAUUGUAAAUCACGUCCAACUGAUAGCACCUCCAGAACAACUUCAAGACAGGACAAGUCUUCCAUCACAAAUGUUCCUGGAAAUAUUCCAGAAAGGUUUCUACAAAAAACUGCUAAGGUAGUGUACAUUGUGGAGAGGAACCACUCCCGGGCCGUGACUGGAUUCAUCAAGCCAUUAAGUGAUAAAAACAGUGAACUUUACAAAGAGUUUGUAGUUUUUUCACCCGUUGACCACAGAGUGCCUCGCAUUUUGGUGCCAUUAGAAGACUGUCCAGAGGAUUUUAUGGCAAGGCCUGGCGAUUAUGGAAAUAUUCUAUUUAUUUGCCGUAUCGUGGACUGGAGGGAUGACAGCAACUUUGCAGAUGGGAGGUUGGCUAAAAGUCUGGGGCAGGCUGGUGAAAUUGAACCUGAAACUGAGGGCAUCCUGAUAGAAUAUGAUGUGGACUUCUCAGAGUUCUCCGAUGAGGUUCUGAAUUGUCUACCAAAAUCUCUACCUUGGACCAUUCCUGCAGAAGAAUUCAAAAAACGUAAAGAUUUAAGGAAAGAUUGCAUAUUUACUAUUGAUCCAGCUACCGCGAGAGAUCUCGAUGAUGCACUAUCUUGUCGUGAGCUCCGAGAUGGAAACUUUGAAGUUGGAGUACAUAUUGCAGACGUGGGAUACUUUGUUCAUGAAGGUACACCGCUUGAUGAUAUUGCUAGCAUGCGAGCAACCAGUGUCUAUCUGGUUCAGAAGGUUGUCCCAAUGCUUCCAAGACUUCUCUGUGAAAAUCUCUGCAGCCUGAAUCCAAUGCAGGACAAACUUACAUUUUCUGUUAUUUGGACAUUGACUCCUGAAGGAAAGAUCCUUAAAGAAUGGUUUGGUCGAACAAUUAUUCGCUCUUGUGUGAACCUGAGUUAUGAGCAUGCACAAAGUAUAAUCGAGGAUCCUGAGAAAGUUUUUCUUCCUGAGGAGCUUCCACCGAUUUCUCCUGAACAUUCUAUUGCUGAAAUAAAAGCUUCUGUGUUCUGUCUUCAUAACAUGGCCAAGCAUCUUCGUAAGCAGAGGUUCAAAGGGGGUGCUUUACGUUUGGACCAGCUGAAGAUAUCUUUUACCCUGAAUAAAGAGACAGCAAUGCCUCAAGGAUGCUACGUCUAUCAAUACAAAGACAGCAAUAAAUUAGUAGAAGAAUUCAUGUUGCUGGCAAAUAUGGCAGCAGCCCACAAGAUCUACAAUUCAUUCCCUGAGCAAGCAUUACUGCGUCGGCAUCCACCACCACAAACAAAAAUGCUGGAUGACCUCAUUGAGUUCUGUGACCAGAUGGGACUCGAAGUUGACUUCAGUUCUGCAGGAGCAUUAAAUAGGAGCUUAAAUUUAACCCUGGGGACAGACCAGUAUUCUGUAGCUCGGAGAGAGGUGCUGACCCACAUGUGCUCCCGGCCAAUGCAGAUGGCACUAUAUUUCUGCACUGGAGUUCUUCAUGAUGAGACACUUUUCCGACAUUAUGCACUGAAUGUCCCUCGCUACACCCAUUUCACUUCUCCAAUCCGCCGCUACGCUGAUAUCAUUGUACAUCGACUUCUUGCUGCCACAGUUGAUACUCAGCAACAUGUUGGUGUAAGUGAAAGAGAUGUUCAGAAGCAAGCAGAACAUUGCAAUGUGAAAAAAAUUGCUUCAAAGAGAGUACAAGAACAUAGCACUGAGAUUUUUUUCACUGUUUUUGUGAAGGAAUGUGGCCCACUGGAAUCCGAAGCCAUGGUGAUGGGGGUCCUAGAUCAAGCCUUUGAUGUUUUGGUUCUACGAUAUGGCAACCAGAAGCGAAUCUACUGCAAUGCUCUUCCUCUCCAAGGAUUUACUUUUCACAAAGUAGGAAAGAAACCCGAACUAACACUGAUGUGGGAACCAGAGGGUUCAAACCAUGAACCUGCGCGGCAGGUAAUAAGUAUUUUUACACUGGUGGAGGUCAUCUUAAAAUCAGACAGUGGACCUCUCAAGUACAGUGCCAUUCUCAAGCGACCAACCAGCACUGCCGAAUGAAGACACCUCGCAAAAUGCUGCUUAAACCAAAUGUUCUCUUUGAGCUGGAAAGUGUUUUUAAUGCACCAGACAGUUUAUUAUUAGUGUGUUGUUUUAAAAGUAUUUUUUAAGUUUGGAUUUGGUUUGGCUGCUUAGUUCUUUUUGUAGUGAAUUUUAAGCCAGAACUUCAAAUUGUGUUGUUGUGUCGAUAAUUGGAAAACCUCCUGUGGUAUUUAAAUUGUAUGAUUCCGUUGCAUGCCUUUUUACAUCAGCAUUGUUUUCUAAGCUGUGUGCUUAGAAAUUGAUGGUAUAGAAGAACCGAAAUAUUAUUUGAAAAUAAGUGUGAUAAACAGGAAUUGGCUUUGCAAUCAUGCACUAUUUGAUGUGUAGCAGAUAUCUAGACUAGCGCUCUGCACAGAGCUAGAAGAUCGCUUUGCUCUGAUGUCUUUCCCAAACCAUUAAAUAGAACCUGCUCCAAAA